AUAAAAGUCAAGCAGUUUUCCCACCAUUUAAAUUUAAAAUUUAAAACUGAAUUUAUUUAUUUUGUAGAUGAGUCGGGUCAGAAUGGUACCCAGAAGGUCAAUAUUUAUAAAGAUCAGGACUUCAGUAAUGAUGCUCCACCCCCUAUACCGCCCAGACCACCAGACAUGAUAAGGAAUGAAUCACCUUCUCCUCCUCCUCCACCAAACCUACCGCCACCAGGAGGUCCAAUUUACGUUCGAUUGAGAAGAGACGAUGACGACGAUCUUGAAGACCUCAACUUCCGAUACAAGCCCCGCCCAAAAGACGGUACCCAAUCAGAAUCCUCCGAAGAGGACCCGACCCCCUGGUACCUGAACGGGUCCAACGAAGUACCAAGAACCGCUUGGGAAGAGGACGAAGAAGAGGCCCCGCCCCCUCCUCCACCUCGUAACGAUCAAUUAGGAAUAAUACCACCUGAUAAUGAUGAUGAUGAAGCCCCGCCCCCAUUACCACCACGUAACGAUCAAAUGAAAGCCACGCCCAGUCACGAGGCUCCGCCCAUGCGUGAUGAGGUGACGGAGGAUAGGGUGCGUCCCCCUAGAGACGAAACCGGGGAGGAGGAAGAGGAGGAGGAGGAGGAGGAAUUUGAAGAAGAUACCGGUCAUUUUUUAGGGGUAGGAAGAGGAGACGAGACGGGGGAACUCCCUCCUCUUCCCCCCGUAAGACCUCCAAGAGACUUGACUCCGCCCCCUCUGCCGGUAAAAAUGAGAAAGAAGGAACCAGAGGAGGAGAGGGAGAGGGAGAAGGUGGUGAUGGGUAGUUCUAAUGAUGAAGAGGCUUUGAUACGAGAGCUGACAGAGUUGGAGAGACUGGUUGAUGAUAAAGCAACACCUAAACAACUGACAUCAGAAGAAUUAAGAAUAAAGGAAGCCUCUGAAUUAAGGAGGAGACUGAGAGAAGAGAGAGCUACAAGGUUACAAGCUAAAGUCCAGCUGAUGCAAGAGAAUCUCCGCACACAAGAAACUCGUGAAUACACUGUACCUUUAUUAUUAGUGGGUGUGGCUUUAAUAGUAGUUAGUUACUCUGUGUAUUACUAUUUGACUAAGAGUUAAUCACUUGUGGGUGUGGUUAUUAAUAGUUAUAAUGGUUAAUUAACUAGUUAUAUGGGUGGUUACUAAUAAUAUCUUAUCUUUUACUAUACUGCACUAUUUGAAUAAAAUAAUAAUUUAAUAAUAAUAA